AUGUUCUCUGUGACAAAAAAAAACUUUUCCAUACGAACACUCAAAGAACAUUUGGAGUUGCUCAUCAAAUUAUGGCUCAAGGAACUCAAAAAUCUUAAAAACCUAUCUGGAAUAGAUCUGUAUUAUAUACAGAAAAAGAUCAUUUAUGCCAGAGUAUCAAUGAGCUCUUAUGUGCCGAAGAAAACACAAAAAAAGCUAAGAAAAACACAUUUGUUUCGAAAAAAUUGGGUUUGGAAGCACGUGACCGAUGUGCUUCAACAUCCACCAUAAUUAUUGAAGAUCGAGGUGAAAAUUAUGAACUUGAAAUAAAUAAUGAUUCAAAAGUUGAGGAUGAGACACAACAAUCAGGAAGGGAAGAGGAAAGUGCUUUUGAAGUCUUU